AUGAUGGAGGAUUUUGGAGCUGAAUUGCCUAUGUGUCGCACCUGCAGAGCUCGAGCUCAUCAUCAGCGUUUCAAGCGUUCAUUCAUUUGCAAAGCGCUCGCGCAUAGACACAACGACGGAUUUUGAGGCAUUUAACAGUGUUGAUUUCACCUCGGUAUUUUGCAUGAUUCAAAUGCACAUUUAAUUGUUAUGAUUAAGUCUUCGUCGAUUACAUUAGCAUUGGUAGCAUUUAAAGGCCACGCUCUUAAAGUGACAUUUUCCCAUGCGGUAUAAUAUCUCAUGUUCCACAGCCGCUCGAUUAGAAUCAUAUUCAGUCAUAUUAAUGAUAUGACAUCACUGAUGUUUGGGGAAAUGCGUCAGUGCUGCACCGUGUUAUUGAUUUAAAUCAUGGAGCCCAAACUCGACUGCUGCGCUUCAUCUGUGCCAAACUCCCAGUGUGAGUUGAAGCUCAAUAUCUACGAGACCAUCAGCGAGGGCAAUGUGAAUAAGCUGGAGGGCUCGGCGCUGGUGCGUGCGGGCAGUGACCCCAGCUCCUACCCGCCGUCCAAACACCCGCCUGGCGCCCGGCAGAGGUUCAUCCGCAGGAGCCUGUGGUUCACGGACAAUGACGAGCAUCAGCCGGAUGACUGCGCUCCGGAGAGUGAGGAGCAGAAUAAGAUGCUCAGCAUCAACCUGCGCACUAUAGUGGAUCGAACUCUGGCCGUCCGGUCCGGUUUACAAGAAGGAUCUAGCACGGAGAGCCAGAAGGGUCAGAAAGACCUUGAUGGCGCCAUCGCAGACGAGGAGAAGGAGAGAACAGAUCCCAAAACGGACUUGACGGAUGGCAUCAAGACGAACAUAAAGGCGGCCAGUGAGGAGAACGAGGAGGAGGCUGAGAUGAAGGCUGUCGCCACCUCUCCGGGCGGACGCUUCCUCAAGUUUGACAUCGAGAUCGGCCGCGGGUCCUUCAAGACCGUCUACAAGGGCCUGGACACGGACACCUGGGUGGAGGUGGCCUGGUGUGAGCUUCAGGACCGUAAGCUGUCGAAGGCGGAGCGGCAGCGCUUUAAAGAGGAGGCCGAGAUGUUGAAGGGUCUUCAGCACCCAAACAUAGUGCGCUUCUAUGAUUUCUGGGAGUCGCCGCUGAAGGGGAAGAAAUGCAUUGUGUUGGUCACAGAGCUCAUGACGUCAGGAACGCUGAAAACGUAUCUGAAACGCUUUAAGGUGAUGAAACCUAAAGUUUUGCGCAGCUGGUGCCGUCAGAUUCUCAAAGGUCUGCAUUUCUUACACACGCGCACUCCUCCCAUCAUCCACCGGGACCUGAAGUGUGAUAACAUCUUCAUCACGGGCCCCACGGGCAGCGUCAAGAUCGGGGAUCUGGGUCUGGCUACGCUCAAAAGAACCUCCUUUGCUAAGAGUGUGAUUGGUACGCCGGAGUUCAUGGCCCCAGAGAUGUACGAGGAGCAUUACGACGAGUCCGUGGAUGUCUACGCGUUUGGCAUGUGCAUGUUGGAGAUGGCCACGUCUGAAUACCCGUAUUCAGAGUGUCAGAACGCUGCUCAGAUCUACCGCAAAGUCACCAGUGGAGUGAAGCCUGCCAGUUAUAAUAAGGUGAUGGAUCCUGAGGUGAAAGAGAUCAUUGGCGAGUGUAUCUGUCAGAAUAAGGAGGAGCGGUACUCCAUCAAGGACCUGCUGAAUCACGCCUUCUUCGCCGAGGACACGGGUGUGAGGGUGGAGCUGGCCGAGGAAGAUGACGGGAUGAAGAUGUCCAUCGCGCUGAAGAUGUGGGUGGAGGAUCCUCGCAGGCUGAAGGGCAAGUACAGGGACGGAGGCGCCAUCGAGUUCACCUUUGACCUGGAGAAGGACGUUCCUGAAGCCGUGGCGCAGGAGAUGGUUGAGUCUGGUUUCUUCCAUGAGAGCGAUGCAAAGAUUGUGGGCAAGUCUAUCCGUGACCGGGUGGCUCUGAUCAAAUGGCGCAGGGAGCGGACGGUGCCGAGGGCCUCGCAGGGUGCCGCUGCCCCGACCGUGCCAGCCGGGACAGUGCCCGUCCUCUGCAAACCACCCUGUCUGGUGGAGCCCGAAGAGCCAGAGGUGGACCAGCAUGUGUGCCCACUUAGUGCCAGGACCACAUCCACCACAUCUGACAGUGGCAUCGGUUCAACCGUGUACUCUGACUCUCACGGCAGCGGUCUGCACAGUGUCAUAUACCAGUCAUUACAGGACUCUGUCUCCACCGCAACCCAGGAGGGUGCACGUCAUGCAAGCUCCUCUGUAAAUGACUUAAGCCAUGAACAUAUCCGACCCACAAGUCCUUCCUUCCUUCAAAAACCACCAGACCAAUCAGAGUUGACGGAAAGAGGAUUUAAAAGUUCUUGCUCUAAGAAUUUGCUGCAUGUACCUUCACUUGUUACGAAUCGCCGCUAUAGCGACACAUCAGUGGAGGCAUCCUCUGAGACAAAGGGGGAGGAGUCUGUUUCAGCGGCGAGACAGCGUCGCCUUUCAUUAAACCACACCUCUCAUCGGCCACCGUCCCCCUGUCAGGCCUGCUGCCUGUCGCUAUUCCUACUUGGGACUUGUGCAGAUGGAAGACAUUCGCCCUAUUCUUCACUUAUGCUUCCUGCCACAGGGGCUAGCAGGGGCUCUGUCAAUGAGACCUCUGACCUCUCCCAGCUCAACAAAUCUCUGCAGAGCAUCACAGGCCACAAUCUUCAGCCUGCUUCUGCCUUUCUAAGAGCCCCACUGACCAAGCCAGAAAGAGGGUCCUGUCGGCCUACUCGCAGCUACAGCGAUGAGGGGCAGGCCGUGGAGCCAUCUGGCAAUGAGGUGGCAUCACGUCGCAGAGCAAGUUCUUGUGUUGGCGAACACUCUCGGGCUCAUGUGUCUGCCAUUUUGAGAGUCCAAAGUCAGGCAGCACCUUCCGCAGCUCAACAUGUGCAGUCUUACCCUCUUGCGUCCUCCGAGAUCCCCGCACAGCCCACCGGACAGGUUCUGUCCACUCCCCAGCCGCUGGCACUUCUGCAAGGCAUAUUGACGGCACCACAAGCCAUGAAUCCAUCGACAAGUCAGACUGCAGAGUCAAAUAUGCAGACCCAUGUGCACCAACCUGCAGGGUCAUAUCAGCCUGCAUCAGUGCCGCAGAGUGCCACACCUCCGAGUUACCAUCCUACCGCAGAGCUAGCCAAUGCACAAACAUUUCCACCUGUAGUCGCAGUUAUCCCAACUAAAACAGAAGCUGCCCUGCCUGCGGAUCAGAGUUUUCAGAGUGGAGCCUCUGGCAUGCAGCAUGUCUCAUCAGCACCUGCUCAGCCUCAACAAACACCUGCGUUACACCAUUUGCAGCAAACACCUGCGAAUGUCAAAACGGAUGGGCAACUCCAUGACUUCUCAAACAUGCAGCAAACUACUCCUGUGCAUCUGAGCCAGGCAGGCCCUGCACCAUCUUUCCAACAGCUCACCAUUCAGACACAACUAAUGGACAGCUGGCAGCAAGGAGGACAGUCCACCUCCAGUGUCCUGACACAACCCGCGCCCCCUCCACAGGCGGCAGCUUACCUCACACAGUUUCCUUCCCUUAACACGGCUCAGUCAGCUGGGAUUCCUCUUCCUGGAUGUGACUCGUACCCUGCCUGCUUUCCCUCUGUGCAGUCGUCCCUCGGUCUGCCGGUCCCAACACACCCCGACAUCUCACCAAUGUCGUGUUCACAGAUAGUCUUGUCCUCCACCUCCCCUAUUCCCUCACAAUCUCCUGUCCCACCCUUCGCUGCUCCAGUGCCCACAAUUCACCAGUACCAGCAGACCUAUUCUGUUGCUCAACAGCCCACUGUAAACUCAAUGGCCACUCUCUCCCAACAUUCCCACAGUCAGGCCACACCCACAGUGCACCAUCACUCUCCAAACCCCACCUCUAUGUGUGUUGGAGCUCCGCCUAUCCAGGCAUCCCUGACCAGCCAAUGCCAAACCAAUGCCAACUCAUCCAGUACCCAUAAUGCACCUCUGCCUCCCACAAUCCCGCAGCUCUCGACUUUUAGACCCAUCCUCGACACGUUCUGCUCUGCUGUGCCUGUGGACCAAAGCCAGGUUCCUCAGCACAUGAGCCAAGCGUCUUUACCCACCGUUCCCAAUUCAGGAGCCGGUGCCAGCAGUGUAUGUGGAUCAGCUCCUCCGGGUCCCGCUGAAGUGUUAACUGAGGAUCAUGUUGCUGACAAACAGGCAGCACCGGCUGGAUCCGCUUAUGACAGUAUAAACUCAGACGCCAUGUCCGGUAAAGAGAUGAGUGAUGGGAACGAGGGCUCCAACCGAGCUCGCAGUGAAUCACGAGUCCGAAAGAACCUUCGCAAAUCGUCGCGCACACGCUCCCGACAAGACAAGAUGAACCGACCCAAACUCACCAUGAUCAAAGUGUGUGACACAGGAGACAAGAUGGUGGAGUGCCAACUGGAGACUCAUAACCAUAAGAUGGUGACGUUUAAAUUCGACCUUGAUGGAGAUGCUCCAGAGGAGAUUGCCACGUAUAUGGUGGAGAAUGAGUUUAUUCUGUUGCUGGAGCGGGAGAUGUUCAUCGAGCAGCUGAAGGACAUCAUGGAUAAAGCUGAGGACAUUCUGAGUGAGGACGCUGAGGGUGAGAAGGCAAACGUCCAGACCUCACCCCUCCGUCAGACGCCCGUCACCGCAGACGCCAGCACACAGGGGUCAAAACCUGAGCACACGCAGUCUGACCAGCUAGUCUAUAAACAGAACGUGCUUCACACCGGAAAGCGCUGGUUCAUCAUCUGUCCUGUGGCUGAGACGGCCGCGCCUGACCGAGAAGAGACGAACCCAGAGAGUUCCUCUUCAUCUCAAGCGCAGGAUGUUAACAGUGCCAAACCUCUGCAGAAACAGCCAUCAAUGCCACAAGCGUGUCUCUCCGAGAGCUCUCAGACCGCCCGUCCGCCGGGUGUUUCUAUGGUUUCUGAUAUCCCAUGCUGCCCGAUUGCGCCUCCUGCUUCUCUCGAUGUCACGGCUCAGAAAGCCGACGAACCCCUUCAGCAGCCCGUGGCUCAUGACGGCAGCCCGAGCGCAGAGCCGCCCGUCGGCCAGACGGCAGCCGUGGUGCUGCAGCAGCCCUUUGCCACGCCCACUCCACAAGCUGCUGUCGGCAGCAGCCAAUCACAGCCUCAGAGCCCCACCCAUCAGCCGCAGCACGCCACAGCGGCGCAGGUGCAGCCGGCCGAGUCUGACGGCGAGGGGCCGCCCCGGCUGGAGUUCGCUGAUAGGACCAUAAAGACUCUGGACGAGAAACUCCGAAACCUUUUGUACCAGGAGUACCACCCCUCGCAGACCACGAGCUCCGCCUCCGAGCCGCCCGGGUCACCGCCGCUGUCAGACAGCCAGGGCAGCGAUGGGGCCGCGAGGAAAGCUGAGAAACUGCCUCAGAUUCCAGAGAGGUCUGACAGUCUCGGGACCUUGAGUGACUCUGCUGUUGCCCCCUUCAAAAGACUCCUGAGCAGGUCAGACUCCGGCGCCGGGUCAGGCGCACACGCGUCCAAGAGCCACUUCCAGACGGAGCCGACCGAUUCAGACGCGUCCGCUCGUGACGGCGGAGGAGAUCAUGUGAUGGAUCUGGAAUCUGAGAACAGACACAGGUCAAAGUCGGCGAGCAAGCGUUACUCGGCCCCUCCGGACUUAUUUCAGGACUCAUCUGCUUCCUUUCCAGAGGCCAGACCCACAAUGCCUUGCGCUCAGAGCUCUCUGUCAGCUGACGGGACGAUGCAGUGCCUGUCCUCAGACACAGGAGAAGGAGAGGAGGAUCCGAGCGAGGCUCCGUCCGCCAAGCCCUCGUCUCCAGCUCCGGCCCCAUCAGACUUCAUGAAGCGGGCGGUGGCUUUCCUCCGGCGCUCGGGUCACAGCAGCAGUGUGCAGAGCUCCGAUUCGCCCACGUGUCCUGUGGCGAACGGACACGCCCCGUCGGUCACCAGCCACGCUCACUCUGCUUACGUCAGCAGUGAUAAUGACUCUGAAUUUGAGGACGCUGACAUGAAACGAGAGCUACAGAAGCUGAGAGAGAAGCACAUGAAGGAGAUCUCCGAGCUUCAGGCCCUUCAGAGAGGAGAGAUCGAGCAGCUGUAUUCUCGGUUAGGUCGGCCUGUUCCACCCAGCGUGGGCUUCCUGCAUGCAGUGCCGCCUUCAGGCCGCCGCCGCAGAGCCUCCAAACACAAGCUGAAGGGAAGCCGACUGCUCAAUCCCAUGGUGCAACAGCUUAGGAGCAACCGAAGCAACAGCUCUACUGAGACGGGCUCCAGUGCGUCGGGGUCUCCGGUCAAGAGCUCGGUUCUGAGCAACAGCUCUGUGGGUUCCAGCACUGCCAGUCCCAUGUCAGAACCGCUGGAGCCGGUCCAAACUCAGCAGCCCUGCUCGCUCAAGGGCUCUCUGUCCUCCGACAACAUCUAUGGCCCCACCACACACACACCAUCCAGACAAGGCUGGACCGUUUACCACCAAACAUCCGAGCGAAUCACCUAUAAAUCUAGUAGCAAACCGCGCACUAGAUUCCUCAGUGGACCCGUGUCUAUGUCCAUCUGGUCCACUCUGAAACGACUAUGUCUAGGGAAAGAGCGCAGCAGUAGGUCUCAUAAUCCUGGUGCUUCAUCAUCAUCAUCCACGGCCAUGCCGGCUUCAUCGCCCCGGCCAAUCACUGCGCUCGUUCAGGCUCAAGCCAACAACAGCAACAAUAAGACUGGCACAUUUACAGAUGACCUACACAAGCUGGUUGAUGAUUGGGCAAAAGAGACUCUUGCCUCCGCCCCUCAGCCCCGCCCCUCUGUGUGUCAGAUAAGACCGCAGAGAUCUCAUCACACCUUCCACACCAGCCACACUCCAAUGGCCAGAGUCCCCAAUCAGAUAAGAGGCUCAAUCCCUCCGGCGGCUGUGAAGCUCCAUCUACCCCUGUCCUGUCCUCUGUCAGCCGCUCUGGGUCCCAUCAUGCCUCACGGCAUCACCAGCACCCCGUCGCCCGUCCUCCAGAGGGGCGGAUAUCUGAUGCCCGUCACCCCCUUCACUGGGAUGAUGCCCGCCCCUGUGUAUCCACACCAGUGGUCCGGUUUGCCCAGUCCAGUAGGCAUGUUUGGCACGGCCACGAUGGUCCCGUAUCCGACCAUGGCCAGCCCGUCACUGCAGACGUUUCCUCUGGUGGUCAAAAGCCCAGACUCCCCGAUGUGCCCCAGCAAAGCCAGGACUGCAUGAGAGCGCCGCCCUGCGCUUCACACACUGUUUUGCGUAAGGCUAAUCAAUGCAGAUGGAUAAUCACGCAAACGUUUUCUCCUGGACGAGUUCUGCAACAUGUUUUUAACUCGGCUUCAGGAUCAAACCACAAUCUCUCCUCGAUGUCUGUGUGCUUUAGAUCGCUGUUGGACGUACACGCGUCUGAGCCUGUAAAUAUGAGGUGUGAGUUUGUGUGUGUGAAUUUGGGCAUGAGGAGUGUUUGUCUCGGAUCAGUCCUGUGGGCACCGCUUGCAUGUUUGUUUGUUUUGAUGUCUGAAUUGAGGUGUGUUAGUGUUAAGAGAGUAAUGGCCUUUAAUUCUACUGCCAUAAAGAAUCAUUUUGCUGAUUGACUAACUUAGGGACGCAUGAACAGGCAUAUUGGGCCUAAUUAUUGAAACACGAGCAGAAUAAAAGUAGUCGUUCUUACCUAAAUGGAAAUUGAAUUCUGCUCGUGUUUUAUGAAAGAGUCCCAGUGCUCAGCAUUGAUUAUGGUCAGAAAUAUCAGUCCUGCUUUCCAAUAAUACUCAGUUUAAAAUGCAUUUGCAGCACUUUUGAGUGUCUUUCAUUGGCCGUUUACAGAAAUAUCCUGCGACCACAGGACCAAAUCCCCACAUUAAAAAAAACUCAAUUCAGGAUGAUGUAGUGCCUUGAUCGGUCACCAGUUUUCCCUCGAAAGGUAUGAAUCCGUUCUAAAGAAGAAGAAAAAAACAUUCCUCUUCUGUUCCUAAUGCAAUGGUGUGGUUUAUUAUUUUCAGAAUCCUUUUUUUGCAGCCCCCGUUCAGUUAAAGCGAGUUUGCAUUUAAUAAACGCAAUCAUUUGAAUUAUAUACUAGUAGUUAGUCUGCGCAGAUUGAUGAAUGAAUGCGGUUGAUCUGAUCGGUUAUAGUCGAUUCAUAAGCAAUACUGCACUAAGCACAGUGUCUCAAACGGAUUUGAGGAACGACCGGUUUACAUUGCGAUGAUCUGAUGAACGAUGCAUGCCAUCAAAGCGUCGCGGAAACCUAAAUGUGCAUUUAUGUGCUCAAAGUGCGUAACGCAGGGACUGAAUGCAGGUUUGACUUUGAAUCAGUGUGUCAGAUUGACAUUGCAUGCGAUUCAACCUCCCCGUUACGUGCUGCAUCAGCCCAACCCAUAAUGUGAACGCUAGCCAUUGCUGAAAAACUACUUUACGUUUGACUAUUUUAUCAAAAGCAUCAUUUUAUUUGCUUUGCGUAGUGGCUGAGUUUAUUCCUUCUUGCACAGUGUUAAUGAUGAGUUUUAAUUUCUUUUAAGAGGGCAGUGCAAUUGUUAGUUGUGACUCAUAUUUAUUGUUGUUUUUCAUAAAAGUGAUCCAACCAUUUGAGUUCUUGCUCACACAAAUACACUUGUAUCCAAAAUCGACAUCCCAACAUAAAGUCUGGUUUUAUUUGUAUGUUUGUAUGAUUCAAUCUUUCCGUUCUGUUGUUUAACUUUAGUCAGGGUUAUAUUUCUUCCUGAUUUCACCCUGACUCACACAACUGCCAAGCUGUGAACUGUACAGUCCUCUAGUAUUUAUUUUCUCAGAGUUUGUUUUGAUGCAGCUUCUGUCCUGUAAUGUGUUUUUCCAUCCGUUCGGCUGGAUUUGUACAGGAUGUUAAUCAACGAUCUGCUGCAGGAGAAAUGUUUCCGGGAGGUUCCUGAUAUUCUGUUCUUGCUGAUGAUAUAUCUGGCAAUAAUUACUCCACUUUGCCAUGUUUGUGACUCACUGAUCUGAUGUGGAUUUCAUUGGUUAUGGACUGUGAAUGAUUGCUUCAUCCUCUUCGCGUUACUUUGCUCCGCUCAGAUACAAAUAAAAUGCACUCACAACACAAAGACUGUGUUCAAGUUUAAUUAAGAAUAAAUAAAUAUUUUGUGCUUAAUA